AUGGCAAUUGAUAAUGGAAAUUCUUCUGCAACUGUUGCGGCAAAGACGAUAACCUCGUUAAGCCGAACUGUUGUACGACCGACCGAAAAACUGGGAAAAUUUUCUAGAGCCAACUUCAAAAGAUGGCAGCAAAAAGUGUUCUUUUGGCUUACCACACUUGGUAUGCAAAAGUUCACCAGUGAAGACACUCCCGUGCCAGCCGCCGACAUGCCUGACAAUGAAAAAUUUAUGAUUGUUGAGGCGUGGAAACAUGCAGAUUUUCUUUGCAAAUGCUACAUCCUAAGUGCUUUAGAUGAUGACUUGUACAAUGUUUACAAUGCUAUGAAUACUUUGAAAGAAUUAUGGGACGCACUUGAGAAGAAGUAUAAGACCAAAGAUGCAUGCUUGAAAAAGUUUGUGGUUGCCAAGUUUCUAGACUAUAAAAUGAUAGACAGCAAACUUCAAGAGAUUCAACUUAUUUUUCACGACCUUAUGGCUGAAGGUAUGGUAGUGAAUGAAGCAUUUCAAGGGGCUACAAUGAUUGAAAAGUUGCCUCCUUCGUGGAGAGAUUUCAAAAACUACCUAAAGCACAAGAGCAAAGAACUGAAGUUGAAAGAUCUUACUAAGGAGCAGAACAAGAAAAAAUUCAAGGACAACUACUACAAUUGCGGAAAAGCUGGUCACAAAGCCCCUAAUUGUCGUCUCCCGAAAAAGGACAAGAAAAAGGGACAGGCCAACUUAGUGGAGAAGAAUGAUGAAAUUGAUAAUCUGUGUGCAAUGCUUUUGGAAUACAACCAAGGUGGAAAUCCGAAAGAGCGGUGGAUUGACUCUGGAGCCACUCGAUAUGUUUGUGAUGUUAAAGAAGCAUUUGCAACUUACUCUACUGCUGGUCCCGAAGAAGAGCUUUCCAUGGAAAAUACUACAACAACCAAGAUUGAGGGUUAUGGGAAGAUAUUCCUGAAGAUGACUACUUGCGAGUUAUUGUUACUCGGUAUGGUGGAUUUUGACAUUAUUCUGGGCAUGGACUGGUUGUCGCCCCAUUUUGCUAUUCUUGAUUGUCACGCCAAGACCGUGACGCUGGCUAUGCCAGCUCAGCGCAUGGUUGAGAAGGGGUGUGCUGCGUAUUUGGCUUAUGUGAGAGAUGUUACUGUUGAUACCCCUUCUGUUGAUUCUGUUCUAGUGGUACGGGAUUAUCCUGAUGUAUAUCCAGCUGAUCUUCCGGGCAUGCUGCCUGAUAGAGACAUUGAUUUUGGCAUUGAUCUGUUGCCGGGCACUCAGCCCAUUUCCAUUCCUCCGUAUCGUAUGGCUCCUCCUGAGUUGAAGGAGUUAAAGGAUCAGUUGCAGGAAUUGCUUGGUAAGGGUUUUAUUCGACCCAGUGUUUCACCGUGGGGCCAUGUGAUUUCUAGUGAGGGUAUUCGGGUGGAUCCGAGGAAGGUAGAGGCCGUGCAGAGUUGGCCUAGGCCGUCCUCAACUACACAGAUUCGCAGUUUCCUUGGCUUGGCGGGUUACUACCGUCGUUUCGUGGAGGGAUUUUCAUCGAUUGCUGCCCCUAUGACUAGAUUAACCCAGAAGGGUGCCCCAUUUCAGUGGACAGAGGAGUGUGAGGCGAGCUUUCAGAAGCUCAAGACAGCUUUGACUACAGCCCCAAUCUUGAUGUUGCCUACCGGUUCGGGUCGGGUUCUAGCUUGUGUGGUUUCCCGGUCUUCCUUAUUUGAUCGUAUCAGGGAGCAGCAGUAUGAGGACCCUCAUUUACUUGUUCUUAACGACAAGCAGGCCAAGUGUGAGCACCAGCGCCCGGGUGGGUUGCUCCAGCAGAUAGAGAUUCCGGAGUGGAAAUGGGAGCGCAUCACCAUGGAUUUUGUAUCUGGACUUCCACGGACCUUGAAGAAGUUUGAUUCCAUUUGGGUUAUUGUGGACCGGCUGACCAAGUCCGCUCAUUUUAUUCCUGUGUGUACCACUUAUUCAUCGGAGCGGUUGGCGGAGAUUUAUAUCCGGGAGAUCGUCCGUCUGCAUGGUAUUCCAGUUUCUAUCAUUUCG